GUCCCUCGAACACAGCGGAUCACCGAUCACAGAAAGAGCCAAAGAUGUCGGCUCAGUCAUGUGAUCAACUGUGUCCAAUCACAGCUGAUCACAUUGUGCCCUGAUGAUCAGUGUAGCAACCUGUCAGUGCCUUGUGUCAGUGGUCAUCAGUGCCACAUAUCAAUGCCACAUAUCAGUGCCCAUCUGAGCUACCUUUCAGUGUCACCCAUCAGUGCCGCCUAUCAGUGCCCGUCAGUGCCGCCUAUCAGUGCCCGUCAGUGCCGCCUAUCAGUGCCCGUCAGUGCCGCCUAUCAGUGCCCGUCAGUGCCGCCUAUCAGUGCCGCCUAUCAGUGCCCGUCAGUGCCGCCU